AUGACGGAGACUCGGCGUUCGGCCACAGCUGUGCCUUCACAGGGCUCGCUCUUCACUAACUUUGAGGAUGUGCAGCUGACAGACGAAGAGCGGGUGUAUCUAAACGCUGCAUCCAUGGGAGACGUUGGGGUGGUGCGGCAAUCCGUGGAGGAGAAUGACAUCACCCUCAACCUCAAUUGUGUGGAUUACAUGGGAAGAAAUGCCUUACAUCUAGCUAUAGACAGUGAGAAAAUUGAUGUGAUCGAAAUUCUAUUGGAUAACCUCAGUUUUAAUUGUAUAGAGGAGGCUUUGCUUCACGCCAUCAGUAAGGGGGCAACGAAGGUCGUCAAGAUUAUAAUUGAGCACCCAAAUUUCAUGGCCGGAGAGGAUAGGUUAAAACGAUUGGGUGGCGGGGAGGCGUUUUUCAGGACGGAAGAAAAAAGCCAGUUCUCACCGGAUGUGACGCCAUUGACUCUCGCUGCCCAUUACAACAACCAUGAGAUCAUUCAGAUGUUCUUGUCGAGGAAUCAUAAAAUAGAAAAACCUCACCCUAUAUCAUGCAAUUGUACAGACUGUGUUACCAAACAAAACUACGACUCGUUAAAACGAUCCCGCUCUAGAUUAAAUGCCUACAGAGCGCUGGCGAGUCCGGCUUACAUGGCCUUGUCAAGUCCAGACCCCAUCAUGACGACAUUCGAGCUAAGGCAGGAAAUGAUGAAAUUGGCGGAAGUGGAGAAAGAAUUCAAGAGUGAUUACCUGGGUUUAGUGGAACAGUGUAUGAACUUUGCCUGUGAACUGAUGGACUUGUGUCGGGGCACGCAGGAAGUGGAGGCCGUGCUUAGUGAAGGCUGUGAACCCGAGAAUGGCAAGAGAGACCCCUUGGCCAGACUCAAGAUGGCCAUCCGCUACGAGGAGAAGAAGUUUGUCGCCCAUCCGAAUUGUCAGCAACAUAUGACAAGUAUCUGGUAUGGGUCAGAGAUGGGCUUUCUCCAGUCACUGAAUUGGCCAAAGAAAGUUAUCUACGCCAUUUUAUUUAUCCCACUUAUCCCAUUUUUCUGUGUUAUCUACGUCUUUGCACCUAACAGCAAGAUUGGCGCCAUAAUGAGAUGUCCCGUGACGAAGUUCAUGACUCAUACAAUGUCACACAUGUGCUUCCUCAUCCUACUCGCUGCUGCCACGUUCCGCAUCACGGAGAGUGGCGUGUCAAUGACCUCCACAGAUGACCUGUCAGAUCCUCGCUAUAAGCACCUGGCAAAAGAAGAAAAAAUAGAAAGUUUAUUAAAAGAGACUUUGAGGCCCGCCAACACCUUGCUGACACAUGUACAAAUUUGUAUAGUUUUUUGGAUAUUAGGCUUGUUGUGGAUAGAGUGUAAACAAGUGUACAACUCAGGGGCACGGGGAUAUGUCAUGGACAACUAUAAUUUUAUGGAUUUCAUUGUUUUGUCCAUGUACCUUGCGUCGUAUGUACUACGGUUCUUUACGGAUCACAAGGUCUCCGAAUCGGACAAUUAUUUCAACGGCACAAGUCGAGCGAGAGAGUUUUUGAUAAACGAAAAUCACACAGGAUUUAAACAGUUUCUUUCCACUAUACGAUCAGACAAGGACGAAACUAAGAGCUAUUUUAUGGAGGCCUCCCGUUUUCAAUGGAAACCCAACGACCCGGAAAUCGUCUCGGAUGUGCUCUUCGCCAUAGCUAAUGUGAUAAGCUUCGCUAGUACCACCUACCUCAUGCCGGCCUUUGAGGUUCUGGGUCCUCUCCAGAUUUCCCUAGGCCGGAUGAUCGGUGAUAUCACACGCUUCAUGGUGCUAUUUACUCUAGUAUUGUUUGCGUUCAUGGUGGGCCUACAUAACCUCUACUGGUAUUAUGGUGCACAGAGGAUUAAAAUGAUGUUAAAUGAUCAUGUUGUCCAAGUCCACGCUGCCCAAGCAUUCCGCGGGUUACAACAGACGUUUUACAGUCUGUUUUGGUCAAUGUUUGGUCAAGUCAGCGUAAAUGACAUAGUGGUCAAGCAGCCCGGGCCUGACGGUGUACGACGGUGCCUCACGUUAGACAGCGAACGAAGUAGAAUAUUGUGUACUGAUGAAAUUUAUACUGCCUCCAUAGGUGGCACAUCCUUCAUGGACAGCAGCACUUCGAUAGUAGAGGCCGUGGGCACUUACAUGUUUGGCAUCUAUCAUGUCGUCAUCAUCAUCGUCCUCAUUAACAUGCUCAUCGCUAUGAUGAGUCACUCAUUCGAAGACAUCCAGACUGACUGUGACGUCGAGUGGAAAUUUGCUCGGACGAAGCUUUGGAUGAAUUACAUGGAUGAGGGCAGUACCUUGCCCGUUCCAUUCAAUAUGAUCCCCACUCCCAAAUCCUUCUGCUAUGCCUGGAGAUUUUGUCGGGAGUUGUUCGCGCCUCGAACCAACAGCAUGCUGGAAUACGAAAAGAACAAACGACAGACGUUCAUAAAGAAACGCCGAGAAACAGUUUGCAAAAACAUGGACUUGAAGGCUGAAGAGACGUCUUACGCUGAUAUAAUGCAGAGAUUGGUUCGGAGGUAUCUGUUUAAACUGGAGAGAGCACGCGACGAAAAUGUUAAAGACUCUGCAGCAAAUAUUCCAGGAGAAGCCAUAGAGAUCGUCGAGGCUGCACCGCCGGAUUACCCCCCACCGGACCCUCCAUCAAAGAUCCCAUUCGCCACGCCGGUUAUUCAAGAAGCAGAUGCACACUUUCAGGAUAGGGAUAGAGGUACGAGGAAAAAAUCCGGCGGAAGGAUGCACACUCGCCGCUCCUCAAUUUCCGGCAGCGCGCCCUUGGCAACAACUGUGAACAUUCCGCAGCUAGAUGCUAUUCAGAGGUCUCAAAAGCUGCUGGAUGUACGAUUACAGCAUCUACAGUCAAGUAGCAAGGAAAAUUCGAAACUAGUGGACGAUGUCGAAUUUAUUCGUCGCUUAAUGACUGAGAAUCAAAAAGCUUUGUUUAAUAUUAUUCAGGCCUUGUCUAACAUUCAGGGAGAAAUUGUGAAUCUAGCCCAAUGCCUACGACCUACCCCCCCUCCACCGCCCAUUACCCAGAAUUCAACAUCGGCUCAUCCCCGGAAGCGUUCCAGGGAGGAGGAGAGCAAAGUUUAGCAAAGACCUUUUUACAGUGAUUAUUUUACAGGGAUAUAUUCAUUUUACGUUUGGAUGGUUAUACUACAUCAAUAUAGAGUUGAUCGUUUGCACAUUUAUUGCCUUUCACAAUCCAUUUGAUAUUCAUUAGUGUAAAUACAUAUAAGAAUACUGGGAUUAUGCAGCAGUGGUUCCUUAAUCCUUUAACAUAGUGUAGGUAUUAUGAUUUUGUGCAGUCCGUCGUGUUAUAUCUAUAUUCCCUGUGUGGCCAUUUUGAUUAAUUCACAUAUGACAGCACCUUCUGCUUGGUUACAAAAUUCCUCCUGGAUUUCAUUUUGUUGUGUCAGAGAAUUUCACUGGGCUGUGAAGGUUACUGUGGUUGUGCACAAAUUAUGAAUAAAAUUACAGUUAUUACAGGGGUCAAAUUAUAGCAAAUUAUUGGCUGGGACCACACAAUUCUGUUCCCAGACAGGUUGCUAGUAAGUCAACGAUCUGUUUGCUACAGCAAGGAGCUAACAAUGGACCGGGCUUUGAGGUAACCAAAUAUGGUGAGCACCUAGUGAUGUGGAAAUUCAAGGGACUGCAACGCAUGAAAAUUCUUUUCAUUGCCAAAAUGACGGAGUGAAUGUUUCUUAAAUUCCCGAGUGUUUUCAGAUUUCAAGACAGUGUUAUCACUAAUCCUUAACGAGUAUUUUUCGUGUUACAAUAUUCCUUCAUCAGGAAAGCACCAAUGAAAGGCCUGGAAUUAGAAUCCUGUGCUAUGUCUGGGGUCAUUUUAGCCUCUUUCACUGCCACAGAAAAAUGGGAUUUUCGUGGUCAUUUAAAUAAUUUCACCAGCAAAUUAAUUGUAAGUGUAUCUUUACCCAUUCUAACCAACGGCCAAAAAGGCGCCAUUCUCUCAAAACUCUGGAACUGCAGUUACCGCCCCUGCCUUUUAUAUGCCUGUAUAACAGCGACUGCUAUAUCAUUGUCAAUGUGAU